GCAAGCUCUCAGCUGGGGCUGCUCGGUUCGCGGCGAGCCAGCGAGACCUGCUUCCCAGACGCGCGCUCGGGGACUGAGCCGAGAGGGCUUGAGUGGCGGGCCCAGCGGGCAGCGUCCCCGAGGUCGUCGCCGCGGCCAUGUCUGCCCGGUGCUGUGCUGGCCAGAUGAACAACCACUGUUCUGUGUGGUGUUUCCUGUAUUGCAUCUGAGCAGAGAUGGCAGUGUGACGGAAAGAUUGAAAGACUCCAUCUGCUGUCUGAGAGGAAGAAAGAAACCCUCACCUUGUGAGAAAAAGCGCCCCCAAAGAACAGCUCUUCCAGGACCCCACUGUAACUCCAUCACAGUUGGCCUGCUGUUGUGGAUCUGCUGGAUGCUCCCUCUGCUGUGGCUGCUGCCCUAAGGUCCGACAGUCUCGGACUACCCGCUUCAUGUACUUACUCUACUUCAUCCUGGUCAUCGGCCUCUGCUGUGUGAUGAUGUCAUCCUCUGUGACCAAGCAGAUGAAGGAGCAUAUUCCUUUUUUUGAAGAUUUCUGUAAAGGCAUUAAAGCUGGUAACACCUGUGAGAACCUGGUGGGGUAUUCUGCGGUGUAUCGAGUCUGCUUUGGAAUGGCUUGUUUCUUCUUUGUGUUUUGCCUGCUGACCUUAAAGGUCAACAACAGCAAAGGGUGCCGGGCCUACAUCCACAAUGGCUUCUGGUUCUUUAAGUUUCUGCUGUUGGGGGCCAUGUGCUCGGGAGCAUUCUUCAUUCCAGAUCAGGAGACCUUCCUGAAUGCCUGGCGCUAUGUGGGAGUGGUGGGGAGUUUCAUUUUCAUCGGUAUCCAGCUGCUCCUGAUCGUUGAGUUUGCACAUAAAUGGAACAAGAACUGGAAUGCAGGCACUGACAGUAACAAGCUGUGGUACGCCUUCCUGUCCCUGGCGACGCUCAUCAUGUACUCUAUUGCUGUCGGAGGCUUGGUUCUGAUGGCAGUAUUUUACACACAGAACGAUGGCUGCACGGACAACAAGAUCCUGCUGGGAGUGCAUGGUGGCCUGUGCCUGCUCAUCUCUCUGGCGGCCAUCUCACCCUGUGUCCAGAGCCGUAAGCAUCGCUUUCUCCUUUCCCGACGGCCACACUCUGGGCUGUUGCAGUCGGGGCUGAUAAGCUGCUAUGUCACAUACCUCACUUUCUCAGCACUGACCAGCAAGCCUGAAAAAAUAGUUCAAGAUGAACACGGGAAGAACAUUACCAUAUGUGCACCUGACUUCAGUCAAGGCCUGCAUAAAGAUGAAAACAUGGUGACCUGGCUGGGCACCUUUCUCUUGAUUGUGUGCAUCUCGUAUUCAUGUUUGACUUCAACAACAAGGUCGAGUUCUGAUGCUCUGCAGAGGCGUUACGGAGCUCCUGAGCUGGAAGUAGCUCGCUGCUGUUUUUGCUUUGGUCCAGAUGGAGAGGACACUGAAGAGCAGCAGAAUGUCAAAAAGGGACCCCGGGUCAUCUAUGAUGAGAAGAAAGGCACCGUCUACAGCUACUCCUAUUUCCACUUUGUCUUCUUGCUGGCUUCCCUCUAUGUGAUGAUGACCUUGACCAGCUGGUUCCACUAUGAGAAUGCCACCAUUGAGACCUUCUUCACCGGGAGCUGGUCCAACUUCUGGGUCAAGAUGGCCUCCUGCUGGAUGUGUGUGAUUCUGUACCUAUGGACCCUGGUGGCCCCUCUUUGCUGUCCCUCCAGGCAGUUCUCAGUGUGAGGGUGUGCACAUGCCCCUUGGCUCAGCAGGCCUGUGCCCCACUCUGGAGGGCUGCCCUUUGAAUGUGUGCAUCAGGGGUUUGAGCAGCAACCGGUUCCCUGGGUCUGACAACACUUUCAGAAAACAAACAAAAUCUCCCAAUCAGCUUUAGUCUAAAAUCCAAAAAGGAAACUACCAGUUUGGCUGACAGGAAUUGAAAUCUUUAGCCAAGCUGAUAGGUGCAAUUAAUUAUGUCUUUAUGCCUUACCCUAAAUGGUAGCUAAAGUUCUGUUGCUGUUUUUCUUGGGUGUGUUUUAACCAGAACAGAACUUGGGGCACAGCAUCCGUCACAGGGAUGAAAAUGGCCUUGUACAACCUGUCAUUCUCAUCCUUGGUAUAAAGAAGCAAAAGCAAAACCAUUGAGUCCACAGUCCUCAGGUGGGUCUUGACCUCUGUCACUCCCUGUUGACAGAGGACAAGAGGAAGGUCCUCCACCCUCAGAACUGUUCCCUGUGCCCCUGCCCCAGCAUUUUCCUGUGAGGUCCUGAUGCCGGGAGUCAGGACCUUUCCUCUCUGCCCUUGGCAGAAGUCCUUCAUUCUUGUCUGGGUAAUUUUUGUAAUAAUGUGAAAAGCACAAUUUGCUCUCACCUCCAUGGAGUUCUCCACCACUUAUGCCUACCCAAUCCAAGUCUGCAAUGACAUGACACUUAUGUAUGGUGGUGGUCAUGUGAUUGUGAAACAAUUGUUUUCUUUCCCUCUAAGCAGAGGAUCACAACUCUUGUGACAUCAGCAGUAAUGCUGUAAGGGUCUUAACAGAAACGUUGCUUCUUGGCUGCAGCUUGCCACACCCUUCUGGAAGUGUUAAGGGCAGCUUCCCCAUCCCCACCCCGCCCCUCACCCAUCUGAUUAUCUACCACAAGGCCUUCCUCACUUGCAUUGUGUCCCAGUGUUAACAUCAUGGCUUCCUUGGAGUAGAAGGGCUGGGGUGAGAAGCCUCAGCAGAGCUGAGCAGACAGGUCUAGGCAAGGAAGUAAGGAGUUAGACUUAGGUGCAGAGGUUGAAGGAAUCUCACAAAACCAAGAUCACAUUCCCAGAAACAUCCCAGACACACUUAUGGGUGUGCGAUUUCAAUGCUGAUGUUCUUAAUCUGGAAUUCCCAGUGCCGAGUCUGCUAGACGCUGGUGGAGGGAUAUCUUGCUUCUGUGUGAAGUAGAAGCUGUCUCUGGACAUCCCAGAAGGACUUGGUCUAGCUGUUCUUUCUGUGACUAUCUGAACAGAUCGAGCAGAAUUGGAACCUACCUAAGCCUGGUUCCCAUGUGCCAAAAUAUGGAUUCUUAUUUCUACUCACUUCUAUGUCCUCCUACUAAAAGUGCCAUGGGGGAAUGCAUAUGGGUGGAUUCUUUGAAGAACUCACUUAAUUUACAGUGUUUGAGAACUAGUAAGGAUCCCUUGUUUAUAAACUUUGUCACAAUUCCUUGUAUAGGUCAGGAACUCUUUAAACUCACCAGUUUAAAUACACGUGAGAAUCACAAAAGACAGGCGUAACUACACACUAACUCUAAACAAGUCUAGUUAGUCCAGUGGGAAUGGGAGCCCCAUCAACUGGGAAAGUGGGCCGUUGAGCUGGCUCCAUGGCCGCAGCCACUGCUGCACCUGAAAGGCCUGCUGUGAGAAGCAGCGGAGGGGAGCUCAUGCACAGGUGGGAACAGUGAUGUUUCCCUCCUGCCAAGGGCUAGUCGAGGCCCUCAUCUUCUCUGCUGAAUCUGGCAGCCACAUGUGGUGAGUUUUCAACUAGUCAUACUGGACCAAGGUCAGACUGACAAGGCCACAUAUUCCUGGGCUGCUCUUUGUUGACCCCUUUUCCUCUCUAGAAAGCAGCUUAGGGAAACACAGUACCAGUGGCAGCCCCUGUGGCUUCUUUGUCAGCCAGGCAGGCUCCACCUGUUUUCCAGCUGCCUAAGUGAUGGUUGGGUUCAUGCCCUCCCCUUCCGAAGCUGGGUCUCUCACAAGAGGAAUAGUCAACCACAUCCAUCUUUACUCUCGGCUGCUAGAGUUAGAUUGAUGGUCAGAUGGCUGCACUUGAGGACUGUGGGUUCCCUAGUAAGGUAGAAGAAGUUAAGAAUUAAACCUUUAAUCUCAGCAGAAGCAAGGGGAUCUCUGUGAGUUCUAGGCCAAUUAGACCCUUUCUCAAAACAAAAAGUUGACACUCAUGAUCAGCUGUGGGACACUCCUCAGGUGGUAGCCCACUUAAGGAUUUAAGAACGCUGUUAGGUUCUUGUACUUGAGAAACUGGAAAGCGUGCCAAUUGCUUUAGUUAACAAUGGCAGUGUUAACCUGCCUUAUCCGCUGAUAAUUUUUUAAAGAUAGCACCCUUUGCUUCUUGCCUACUCACACAGGACCAUGAAAAUGCAUGCCUUGAAGGUGCUGAUUGGCCCAUUAGUGGUGGCAGACUGGGUAGUAGAGUUAGAAAUUGUAUGUGUUUCUCUCUUGUUUUUAUGAGUAAAACACUUAAGCUUGGGGGUGGGGUUCUCCUGUCAGUCUUGCUUAGACAUGAUGUUUGGUUGGAGGCUAGAGACUGUCACCCUUGGAAAGCCUGCCAUGCCAUUGCUGAGUCAGGCUUUUGUGCUGCUGGGUAGCUGGUCCGGGCUUCUUGGGAAGUCAGCAGAUGAAGUGUUUUCCAGAGGUUUGGGGAAGCUUUAUAUCGUGGGUAAACUGGUGGGGAAGGAGUUGGAGGGAGCAUGGAGUAUUGAGGCUUUGGGGUUCUGAUUCCCAUAAGGAAUGGCCAGCAGGAGUUCCCACUGGAUGACAGUGUUUCCAGUUCGCAGGUGACUUCACUGUGUAGUGUUAGUUGCCCCCUUCCCAAACCUCCACCCUCUGCCUUUUUUGGAUGAUGUACAUAUUUAUUUGCCCUAUGGCCCAUCAUUGGUGCUCCAUGCUAUCUGGAAAGCAGCUCCAGAGCUGGUAUUUAAACUUCUGGGGCUUUCUUCUUCCGUUGCCCUUCUGAGCAGUAUCUGUUUUGGUGUGCCAAAGUGUAUACCAAUGCACAUCAUAUAUACUACCAAGAAAUGACAAGGGCUUCAGAAAUGAGACUGAACACCCAGAAAGGACCAGGGACGAGGUUGACAACUGGGCCACAGGAUCUGAAGGGUUUUGUGUGUAACUCACUCACUAGUAAAUAUUUUCAUUUCCUGCAGAGAUGGGUUCUCUGGUGUUGAGGUAGCGUCAACAGACAGGAGAGCUGAUCACAAGGUCUUUAGCUAAAUCUUCUUUUUCUGUUUUCCAUCAGUGAAUCAUUCACAGAGACAGUUAUUUUGAAAGGCUGAUACUUGACUUUUACCAAAGAGGUGUAUUUGACUUUGUUUUAGUUGGGGACGGGCAGGCAAAUCAGGACUGUAUUUACCCAAAUUGACUUUGGCAGAGGUUUAACCACAUUCAUCUGAGCAAAAUGAUGGAAGGACUCUAAGGUAAUCCUUUGGGAGAAAGGACCCUGGGAAAAAUUCUCUCAGGUAAAGAAAGAUUACAGCAGAUGAGUAAUAUAUGUCUUGAGAGCUAUUUAUAAAAAUUUUAAGAGGAUCAUUUUGACUUCAUUAAAGAAUUAAACAUUUUUUUACUUUGCAAAGAAAAACUACAAAAAUUUUUAUAGUCAUAUCUGUUAAUUUUUUAAAAAGAUGUUUUGGGAACAAUUAGCUGUAGCCAAAUUUUGUGGUUACCUUUUUUUCUAUAUUGGAGUUUUAAUGCAAUUUGUGUGGUAAGUCUACUGUUCGUUUAUAAAGGUUUCUGACAUGGUUAGAUUUUGCUACCUUUUAAAUUUGUUGGUUUUCCCCAUUAGUCACAAUGCCAAUUAUGGAUUUGUAUCUUUUUUUUGUUUGUUUGUUUGUUUUUUUUGAGUGCUAACUUUUCUAUGAACCACCUGAAAUUGACUGGCCUUUUCCUAUGUAAAAAACUCAAACUUGUUAACUCUGUACUUUAAUAAAAUUUAAACUUGAAAAACA